UCUGGCACUUCGCCCCGAGCUUUCCUCGUGCACAUCCUCUUCUAUCGGAGUGGUGCCUGUCCCGUCAGUGUCGCCGCCGCGACGCUGCAGCGCUUCGCAGACGAGAUAGAGAGAAGCCCGCAGAGUGCAACGAGCAUCGCGAGUGACCGGACGCGCGCUUCGAAUCCGAUCCGCGCGACAAGCACGCGAGCACUUGUUGUCCGACACCCGCCACUGAUCGAUUCAUCGAUCGAUUUCGGGUAUCGAUUCGUAAUCUUGAGCGCGACCCUUGUAGUGAAAAAAAAAGAAAUCGGAGAGUUUUUUCGCCCAGGGUGACCGGUGUCUGUGAAUGGAUGGACUGUUCGUGUUCGGUGAUGGGAUUUUGAGAAACGUCAAGAACGAGAGGAGACGGAUAGAGGAGAAUUUUCCGAGAAGAAACCGUCGCGAGACAGCGCGGACAGCGCUAAAGACCAAGGAUGGAACGCGGGUGGAAAAGAGGAGCGAAGGAGGAUCUAUAAUGACGCGACGCCGUCGGCCUGAAAUAACAGCGGGAAUGCGUGUACAGUGAAUCACGGAGCUCCCGUUCGUUUCGACGCGAAUCUCGUCCCGGCAUUGACUGUAGCGCAAAUUUUCUUCAUCAACCCCUCCUUUUUUUCUUCGUUCUCAACCCUUUCCCGAUCCACGGUUGUGCGCGAGCAACCGAGAAAGAGAGAGAGAGAGAGAAAGAAAAAGAGCCUGGUUCCUGAGAGCGGGUUGAGAAAAGCCAGAAGCGCCAGAAGCAUCGCCAAGGCAGGAGCCGAUCGAGGGGACGAGGGGAGUUUUUCGAGACGCCGUCCAAGGAGUUUUCUCGGAAGGAAGAUCGCGAGCGUCGCAAUACGGAAAUCACCCAUGCCGCGAUUAUACUAACUACACGUGUCUGAUAUCGAACGAAUCGAAAUGGCGAAGAUUUAUUUCAUCUUUGGAAUUCUCGUCAUCCUAAACGUCGAAUUUUCGCAAGGACGAUCCCUUCGGCUGGAUGCAAUUAAUGCCGAUGUAGCGAUGCCCGUGGGUGAGAAGCUUUUGCUACGUUGCCAGCGAAAUCCCGGCGUCCAGAUAGAAUGGUAUAAGGACGAUGAAGCGUUGCGGUCUACCACGAGGAUGCGCGUGACGAAGCAAUCUGUCAAGUUCAAAUACGUCGACUUGGACGACGCGGGCGUCUACGGUUGUAGACUAGAGUCGAACGAGACCGUCGAGUGGAGAAACGUGACCGUUCGUAUCGAGACUCUGCAAAACGACGGUUUUCAGAACGAGCCUGAAGAAACCAGCGGUGUAAAGAGUUUACUCAGACCGGAAGAGGAGAGCAAUGAUCUCGAGAUUGAAACCAGAAAUUUGCCUGAAACGCGAUCGUUGCAUCUAGACAGCGACAAGAUGGACACGGAUCUCGACGAAAAGGGCGAAAGCGAUGUGGAGGGCGAGCACAACAAUACGGUACCGGAGAGUCCGCCAGUUUUCAACAAGACCGACGAGAUGCACGCGACGGUGGUGAAGCCCGCCGGCAGUACGAUGCGAUUGAGAUGUCUGAGCACUGGCAAUCCUAGGCCGAACAUCACGUGGCUGAAGAACAAUGAAGAGCCGAGACGAGAUCUUGGUACUGCGAUCAGGACCAAGUGGAGUUUGAGACUGGAGGAUCUCGUUACCAAGGACAGCGGGAAUUAUACGUGUAUUGUAUGCAAUCAUCUCGGAUGCAUCAACUAUACCUACAAAGUCGACAUAAUCGAAACAGUACCGCAUCGACCGAUUCUGACGAGGCCUCCACGAAACAGCACAGUACUUGUUGGAAGCAAUGCUAGUAUGAUCUGCCAAGUGCUCUCCGAUGCCCAUCGUCAUCUCGAAUGGUAUCAUGGUUGCCAUACCUCUCUCGACACCGUCAACAAGACCAAUCAGAGCUUACGGGUGGAGGUCAAGGCUGGGGGGGAGAAUCCAGAGGAACUAAAACUUUACAAUGUUACCGAGAAAGAUGAAGGAUGGUAUACGUGUAUCGCCCAAAAUACUUUAGGGGAAACAUUUAGCAGCGCUUAUCUACGUGUCGUUAAAACGUUGGACGAGCAAAGAGUACCAUUAGCUCCGAGACCGCAGAAUGUCAUCGUGAAUGUUUUGGCGGCUAUUCUGUGCUUGUUCUUUGCCGUGGGAGUCUUCGUAGUGAUAUAUAUCUUUCGUCGAUUGAAACGCGAGAAGAUGAAAAAGCUACUCGCGAUAGAAACGGCGCGCGCGGCAGUCGUGACGCAAUGGACGAAGAAGGUAAUUAUAGAGAAGCAGAAACUGGUGAACGCGCAGAAUGCGAUCGAGGAGGAAUUGCUGAUGCCGGUAGUGAAGAUCGAGAAGCAAAAGUCCACUGUCAUUGCUGAAGACAGCAGCAGCGAUAAUGUGUCCGAAUACGAACUACCAUUAGAUAGCGCGUGGGAAUUGUCGAGAGAAUAUUUCACGCUGGGAAGCACUCUCGGCGAAGGAGCCUUUGGCAAAGUUGUCAGAGCCGAAACGAAUACUGGCAAGUCCGGAAUACCUAGCGUUGUAGCGGUAAAAAUGUUGAAAGAGGGUCAUACAGAUACUGAGAUGAUGGAUUUAGUCUCUGAAAUGGAAAUGAUGAAGAUGAUUGGCAAGCACGUAAACAUCAUUAAUUUGCUGGGUGCCUGUACUCAAAACGGCCCUCUCUAUGUUGUGGUCGAAUUCGCCCCGCAUGGCAAUUUGCGAGACUUCCUGCGAGAUCAUAGACCCACUUCGGGAUAUGAACCAACUAUCGGACAGGAGUCAAAGGAGCGAAAGACUCUCACGCAAAAGGAUUUGGUUUCGUUUGCUUAUCAAGUGGCGCGCGGAAUGGAGUACCUAGCUAGUAGGAGAUGUAUACACAGGGACUUGGCUGCCAGGAAUGUUCUCGUCAGCGACGAAUACGUAUUGAAGAUCGCUGAUUUCGGUCUUGCUAGAGACAUUCACUGCCACGACUAUUACAGAAAGACAACGGACGGACGAUUGCCAGUGAAAUGGAUGGCACCAGAGGCCCUAUUUCAUCGUGUUUAUACCACUCAGUCCGACGUAUGGUCGUACGGAAUUCUGCUGUGGGAGAUUAUGACCCUGGGUGGUACACCUUAUCCAUCCGUACCGUCGGUCGAGAAACUAUUCCAAUUACUUCGAACUGGUCAUCGAAUGGAAAAACCGCCUUGCUGUUCGAUCGAAAUAUAUAUGCUCAUGAGAGAUUGUUGGAGUUAUCAGCCAACGGAAAGGCCGACAUUUGUCGAAUUAGUCGAGGAUCUCGAUAGAAUAUUAACGAUAACAGCGAACGAGGAAUAUUUGGAUCUCGGUCUGCCCCAGCUGGACACACCUCCAUCCAGCCAAGAGUCCAGCGAGGUGGAAGAGGAUGGUGAAGAAAAAUUUCCAUAUCUGUUGUGAAUCGUAUAUUUACUACAAAGACUGUCUACUCGUUUAGACAUUGUUUACUUAGACAGGAAGUAAUCUAAACGAUUCGCGAAUGUAACCGAAUAAAGUAGCAGCGAGUAAUUCAAAUGAAUGUGACAAUGGAAAUAAAGAGACGAGAAGAGUGUCAACAUGAAAGAUUAUUAUAUGUGAAGGAUUAUCGACUGAAGUAAGUGAAUACGCCAAAUAAUAUAAAUCAGUAUUGAUCUGUGUACGUGUACGCAGAGUUAAAGGAAAGUGCGAAACGAUAGCGUACAUCAGCAGUGUCAAUAUACAUAUACAUGAGA